AUGGCUGCUAUUUUCGAGCUGAAAGGCUCAAUUGUGGUCCAUCCCACCCCAGGAUUUGUGGUGAAAACCAAAAUUGUUGAAGGAAAAGGGGAUCAUCUUUAUUCCACCAAAGUGUUCAUCAACGUCUGCCAUGACUCAAAGGUACCACGUCCACCAACGGAUUUCGAUCCUGCUGUGACGUUUCCAAUGAUUGUAGACAAUCAGUGGGAAAUACCUGUGAUUGUAUCUCUAGAAAAGAAGAGCACUGACAAGAAAGGUGUACCUUCGUUUGUAUAUGAUUGUUGUAUGAACAGUGAGUGUUUUCAAUGGGUCCAAAUUAAUAAGGACUUGAAGCUUAUAGCCGUGGAAUGGUGUAUUGAGGCGAUAGAGCUCAUGCACGAAUUGGUGCUUGAACGGGAAUAUUCUGUGCCUAAGAUGCUCCAGAAAGGAGAAUUGUCGAACACCGAGAUCUCCAGCGAAGAGAUGACCAAUGGACUACAGAAACGAAUUCAUGAUCUCAAGCAGAACGAAACAUUGGGACUAAUACAGGCGCUUGAGCCAUUGGAUUCCGAAGAAGAUACGGAAUUGCCAGAUUUGAUGAAUAUUGGAGGCUCUAGACUGAAACCACUAAUAGAAGAGAUCGAAGAAAUGUCCAUUGAAGACAGGCGAGCCAAAGAGCCAUUGGUGAAGGAAGUAAAAGAAGAAAACAGAGUCACGAAGCUGGAAUUGGGGCUGGAAGUCGAGCAUUUGGAGGCAAGUCUGACGAAACUAAUACCUGGAACUGAGGAAAAUGAGUCGGCUUUGACGGAGACGGCCACUACGAGGAAUUUGAAACAAAAGAAUUCGGAGGUCAAGCCGUACGUAUUCUCCAUCACUCUGCACACAAGAAACAACGACCACUAUAUCAAGUUUGAAUCUGCUCAACUCAAUGAUAUGGUGGAAGUAUCCUUUCAUGAGAGUUUCAUUCGAAUCACCAAUCUUGACCCAAAGUUACUCUUGACACAGGAUAAUCAUUUGGACAUUGCACUUCCUUCCAAUGCAACACCUUAUAAGUGUUUCAUUGUGAAGAAAGAUCUCUAUGUGUUUUGUCAUGUGAGGGAGUCAUUAUAA